AUGUCGUGGGCAGGCUUUAAGAAGAAUGUCAACCGCGCGACGACGCAGGUCAUGAUGAAGACGGGCCAUGUUGAGAAGACGAACGAUCGCGACUACGAGGUUGAAGAGAGACGGUUCCGCACCAUGGAGGCUGCCUCGUUGCGACUCCAGAAGGAAGCCCGAGGAUACCUAGAUUCGAUACGAGCGAUGACCGCGUCGCAAAUGCGCAUAGCCGAGACGAUAGACGCUUUCUAUGGUGACGCCGGAGCCAAGGACGGCGUCAGCAGAAGCUACAAGCAGGCGGUUGAAGAUCUGGACACCGAGACUAUCAAGGCGUUAGAUGGGCCUUACCGGACGACAGUAUUGGAACCCAUCUCUCGGUUCUGCAAUUACUUCCCCGAUGUGAACGAAUGUAUUAAGAAGCGCGGCCAUAAACUGCUAGACUACGAUGCCCUCCGCGCGAGAGUCAAGAAGCUGGCUGAGAAGCCCGACAAGGACGUGACAAAACUACCCCGCACCGAGAAGGAGAUGGACAUGGCGAGAGCAGCGUACGAGCAGUUGAACGAGCAGCUCUCGAGCGAGCUGCCGCAGCUGAUUGACUUGAGAGUGCCAUACCUAGACCCGAGCUUCGAAGCUCUCGUCAAGAUCCAACUGCGGUUCUGUGCGGAAGCCUACAGCCGGAUGGCCCAAGUCCAACAGUACCUCGAUGCCGACACUAGGGAGCAGUACGCGCAGGGACAGCUGGACUCGAGAGUAGAGCAGGUGCUGCAGGAAAUCCGGGAGCUCAGCAUCAGCGGAACGGUCUAA